AUGCGUGUUCUAUUCUGGAACAUUCGGGGUGUCCGAAAGGAGGCUGGUAGGAGGGCUUUGAAAUUUCUCCUCAGAGAAUCUUCACCAGAGAUUCUAUGUGUAGCUGAACCGAUGGUUGAGGUCAGUAGUUUUCCCUCAUUAUUUUUUGAUAAAUUGGGUUAUGCGGCUGAAGUGAUUCCCAAUAAUCGUCAGGAUAGGGUGCCCAAUAUUUGGGUUAUCUGGAAGCGAGGUAUGGCUCGUCCUUCCCUGGUUUCAAUGUCAGACCAACAACUCAUUGUUGAGAUUGAUUGGAUGGGUAAAAGAGUUCUCAUGUCAUUUAUUCAUGCCAGUUGUUUCAAAAUUGAGCGUAGAUCGCUUUGGUCUGAUCUUGCUUCGAUUUCUACUAUUUCUUCUCCAUGGGUAGUUAUUGGCGAUUUUAAUGCCACUCUAAUGUCUCAUGAGAAAAGAGGGCCGGGUAAUUUUAAUUUGGGAUCGGCAGUAGAGUUCCAAGCUAUGGCUGACUCAUGUAUGCUCUUUCCCUACCCCUCUCAAGGGAAAAAAUACACUUGGUCGAAUAACCGUAAAAGGGGUAAUGUGCUGGCAGUCUUAGACCGGAGUUUUUAUAAUGAGCAGUGGAUUGAUGAGUUCAAGAAUGUUUUCCAGGGGGUCCUCACAUGCUCUGCGUCGGAUCACUCUCCUCUAUUGAUUCAGUCUUUUGCUGUCCCAAAACCCCCCAAUAUCCCAUUUCGUUUCCACAGCUUCUGGAUGGAGAACAACGGUUUUCUCCCGUUGGUGGAGAAUGUUUGGUCGCAGUCUGUUAGUGGAAACCCGAUUUCUAGACUAGCCCAAAGGCUGAAAAAUGUAAAAUUAGCUGUCAAGGCCUGGGCAAAAGGGGCUUUCCCUAAUCUAAAUGAGGAAGUGGAUAAAGCUACGUCAAAUUUAAAAAGAGUGCAGGAUUCUAUUGCUGAAUCUGGAAUGACCGACCUUCUUUUUAAUGAAGAGGCCGAUGCAAGAACUGGUCUCUUGAAUGCAUCAAAGCUGCAUGAGAAAAUGUGGUCUGAGAAAGCAAAAAUCAAAUGGUUAAAGAAUGGGGAUCGAAAUUCAAAAUUUUUCCAUCUCUCGGGUGCCUUUCAGAAGGGUAAAAUCAUCUCAUCAAAUAUUGGCCUAGCAUCCGAGCUAGCAAAUUUGAUGCAGUCUGCAGUAAGGGGAGGUGGUAUGGGCAUAAAGCUGGACGUGCAAAAGGCUUAUGAUUCCCUUUCUUGGGAUUUUCUACUUGCCACAUUAGAAAAAUUUGGCUUCUCUCCAAAGUGGAUUAACAGGGUUCACCAGCUGCUUAUUUCAACAAGGAUUUCUAUCUUAUUGAAUGGAGGUCCAGUGGGAUUUUUUGGGGUUGGCCGUGGUUUGAGACAAGGGGACCCUAUCUCUCCUAUUCUGUUCAUUUUGGCCGAGGAAGUGCUAUGUAGAGGCCUCAAAAAUAUGGUGGUGGAAGGUAAGAUGAAAUCUCUCUCGGGUCCGAGAGGUGCUAUUACUCCCUCUCAUCUGCUUUUCGUAGACGACAUUUUCAUUUUUAUGAAUGGCUCUGCCACUUAUGUUAAGCAGCUCCAUGCUUUUUUAUCCAAGUAUCAGGAGUUCUCUGGUCAGAUGAUUAACUUGGAGAAAAGCAAGAUAUUUUUUGGGAAAAUUGCUCCUCAUAGAAGACAAUUUAUUACUGAGUAUUUGGGAGUGGCAGCUGCUACCUUUCCCACCAAAUACCUGGGGGUGGAGAUCUUUAAAGGACGAGUGAAAAAUAACCACCUUCUUCCUCUUCUGGAUAAUAUAAAAAGCAGACUUGCAGGAUGGAAAGGGAAACUCCUAUCUAUAGCUGGAAGGGUGGAACUUGUUAAGUCGGUCAUUUCUGGGAUUCCAAUCCAUAAUUUCUCUAUAUAUUGGUGGCCUGAAGGAUCGAUGAAGUUGGUGGAGCGUUGGAUCUGA